AUGCAAUCGUGCAGUGUGUCUGUCGCCGUCGCUGCCUGCGCUGCUGCUGCUCGGAGUCUCGGCUCAGCUUCUGAUGGUGCUGGUGAUGAGGAAAAGAAAAUGGCGUCGGGAAAAGCCAGUCAAACAGAGGAGGACUUUCCGACACUGACAGCCCAGGAGAGGGACGCUUUAGCCGGGAUUGACAGCUCACUGUUUGGAUUUCAGAAGCUUCAUGAAGAUGGCGCCAGAACCAAGGCCCUGUUGAUAAAGGCUGUCCGCUGCUACGAUUCCCUCAUCCUCAAGGCGGAGGGCAAAGUCGAGCCUGAGGUCUUUUGCCAGCUAGGCCACUUCAACCUCCUCUUGGAGGAUUACCCAAAAGCGUUAUCGGCAUACCAGAGGUACUACAGUUUACAGUCAGACUACUGGAAGUCAUGUAAUCCCGCACAGAAUGCUGCCUUUCUAUAUGGCCUGGGAAUGGUCUACUUCCACUACAACGCCUUUCAGUGGGCGAUCAAAGCAUUCCAGGAAGUGUUGUACAUCGACCCAGGAUUCUCCCGCGCCAAGGAAAUCCACCUUCGACUUGGUCUCAUGUUCAAGGUUAAUACAGACUAUGAGUCAAGCCUGAAGCAUUUUCAGCUUGCUUUGAUUGACUCCAAUCCCUGCACUUUGUCCAAAGCUGAAAUUCAGUUCCACAUUGCUCAUUUAUAUGAGAUUCAGAAGCGAUAUCGGGCCGCCAAGGAGGCCUACGAGAACCUCCUGCAAACGGAGGAGCUUCCGGCACAGGUGAAAGCCACUACCCUGCAACAGCUCGGCUGGAUGCAUCACACCGUGGAGCAGCUCGGGGACAAAGCCAGUCGGGACAGCUACGCCAUCCAGUGUCUGCAGAAAUCUCUGGAGGCGGAGCCAAACUCUGGACAGUCGUGGUACUUUCUGGGCAGGUGCUACUCUAGUAUAGGAAAGGUCCAGGAUGCCUUCAUCUCCUAUCGGCAAUCCAUCGAUAAGUCUGAGGCCAGCGCUGAUACUUGGUGCUCAAUAGGAGUGCUGUAUCAGCAGCAGAACCAGCCCAUGGAUGCACUUCAGGCUUACAUCUGCGCUGUGCAGCUGGACCACAGCCACGCCGCCGCCUGGAUGGACCUCGGCACCCUGUACGAGUCCUGCAAUCAGCCGCACGACGCCAUCAAGUGCUACAUCAACGCCACGCGCAGCAAGGCGUGCACCAACGCCACCAUGUUGACGCACCGAAUCAAAUGCCUGCAGGCUCAGUUGAGUAACCCCCAGCUCAGUAGCCCACAGAGUAAAAGUAAAAUGCUCCCUCUUAUUGAGGAAGCAUGGAGUCUACCAAUCCCGGCUGAGCUCACCUCCAGGCAGGGAGGCCUGAGCAGUGCGCCACAGCAGGCCUGUAAACCCAACCGCACGGCAGAGGGUGGCGGUUCAGGUCAGUCACUGCCUCCUCACGUGGCCGCGCUGGGCCAAGCCGAAGACCAGUCCUGCCCAGCUAAAAGGAAGCGGGCUUCCAGCCCGGACAAGGCAGAUUCCUGGGCAUCUAAUCCAGUACAGCAGCCGGUUCCCAACUGGUACCUCUCCCCUCAGAAGUUGCAGUUGUUGGAGCAGCUCCGGAGUAAUCGAGCCAGUUUGAAGCCACCGCAGCUUCAGAUGUUGGAGCAGCUAGAAGCUCAGUUCACCAUGAUGCAGCAGCACCAGAUCCGUCAGAACGCAUCAGGAGGUCAGGCGCGUCCCUCCUUCCCCAACGGUCCCAGCGCCAAUUCCCUCCCGUCCCCGAACCCCGGCCUCCACCCUGCGCAGCCCCACCCGGGGUUACAUCGGCCCCCUUGCCCCCCUCAGCCUUUGUCCAACGGGCCCUCGGGUCCCGGGGUGCACCGACACUCUGACUCGGCGGUCUCCCUCCCCGCGGGCGAAAGCAAGAGUCGAAGUAACAGUAGUAGUAGUAGUAGUACUAGUAGUAAUAAUCAGCCGGGGCCUCCUGCCUCGGGGCCCGACGGAGAUGUGCCUUACCUGCGAGCUGCCGGCGACGCAGCACUGCUACCUCACACCUGCACAAGCACGCAAACACAGGACGCCACGCCACACCCUCUGCACCUUAAUUCCUCUCAGGUGCCACAGAAGCGGUCGGUUCCCCUCGUGGGCUCCAACAGCGAGGGAACCACCACGCCUCACCCGCACCCCCCCACGUCCACCCCGCAGCCCACCAAUCAGGUCGGCCACCCGAACGCUGCGGCGCCCAACCACCUUCCGCCUCCUCCCUGUCUCCCCCCUGCCUCUACCUCAAGCGCGUCCGCUACCAAAGACGGCACCGCCGCCGAGAGUAAGGCGCCCUCACCGUCGUCCGGGGGCAAAGCGGCGCCUUCCGACGGCGACGAGCGGAGCCUUAGCGCAGACAAUCCCAGACUAUCCGCCCCGCCGGGAAAGGCGGAAGGGACGGCGUCCGGGACGUCCCCCAACAAGGCGGACGACAUCCACCCGGCCACCCCCAACACGCGAGGGAGCUCGGUCACCUCCUCGCCCGUUUCCGCCAUAUCCACCGCCACGCCCUCGCCCAAAUCCUUAGAACACACCCAGGUCGGCGGGCAGAGCCCCGCCGCGAGCCUCACCACCGCCGCCACAGUCAAUGGCAAAGGGGGAAUCUCGGAGGACUCUCGGAGCCCGUUGAAGGCAGAACCGCCCGCCAUCGCCGGGCUCAAAGCCACGCCCCCACACGGUUCCUCGUCGUCGUCGUCGUCAUCAUCGUCAUCGGUGUCGAUAUACCCCAGCUCCACGGACGUGCUGAAAGCCUGCAGAAACUUGGGCAAGAACGGGCUUUCCAACAGCAGCAUCCUUCUGGACAAGUGCCCGCCCCCACGGCUGCCCCCGCCUCCCAUGCCUGCCCUGCCUAAAGACAAGCUCAACCCUCCCACCCCGAGCAUCUACCUGGAAAACAAGAGAGACGCUUUCUUCCCACCCCUGCACCAGUUCUGCACAAAUCCCUCCAAUCCUGUCACCGUCAUCAGAGGACUGGCUGGAGCACUGAAACUUGACCUGGGCCUUUUCUCCACCAAAACAUUGGUGGAGGCCAACCCGGAGCACUUGGUGGAAGUGUGGACGCAGCUGUCGCAACCCGCUGAUGAGAACUGGGACGUGACGGGCACCAAGAAAAUGUGGCGCUGCGAAAGCGCUCGAGCCCACACCACCAUCGCCAAGUACGCCCAGUAUCAGGCCGCUUCCUUCCAGGAGUCUCUACGGGAGGAGAAUGAAAAGAAAGCACUCAAGGAACCGUGUGACACAGAGCCAGCAGCAGAAAGUGUCGCGCGCAAAAGAAGAGGACCCUUAAAGCACAUCAAGUUCGGAACAAACAUCGACGUUUCGGACGAAAGGAAGUGGAAGCAGCAGCUCCAGGAACUGAGUAAGCUUCCGGCAUUCGCUCGGGUGGUAUCGGCCGGCAACUUGCUUAGCCACGUGGGUCACACCAUUCUGGGAAUGAACACGGUUCAACUCUACAUGAAGGUUCCGGGCAGCAGGAUAGCAGGUCACCAGGAGCACAACAACUUUUGCGCAGUCAACAUUAACAUCGGGCCAGGAGACUGCGAAUGGUUCGCCGUCCCCGAGGCCUACUGGGGUGUGAUGAGCAACUUUUGUGAAAAGAACAACAUCAACUUCCUAAUGGGCUCGUGGUGGCCCAAUCUGGAAGACCUGUACGAGGCCGACGUGCCUGUGUACCGCUUCAUCCAGCGCCCUGGUGACUUGGUGUGGCUCAACACGGGCACGGUCCAUUGGGUGCAAGCCAUCGGCUGGUGCAACAACAUCGCCUGGAACGUCGGACCGCUUACAGCCCAUCAAUACAAGUUGGCCGUGGAGCGUUACGAGUGGAACAAGCUCCAAAGUGUCAAAUCCAUGGUUCCCAUGGUGCACCUCUCCUGGAACAUGGCACGCAACAUCAAGGUGUCGGAUCACAAGUUGUUCGAGAUGAUCAAGUACUGCUUGCUGCGGACGUUGAAGCAGUGCCAGUGGGUGAAGGAAGCUUUAGCGACAGCUGGCAAGGAAACCGUACUGAGGAACAGAACCAGAGACGAACCGGCACACUACUGUACCAUCUGCGAGGUGGAGGUGUUCAACCUGCUGUUUGUGCGGCGUGAGCUCCUGUGCAAGAAGCAGUACGUGGUCCACUGCCAGGACUGCGCCCGCAAAGGCAGCGCCACGCUGGAUGACUUUGUGGUACUGGAGCAACACAGGAUGGAAGACCUCAUGCAGGUCUACGACCAAUUCGCAUUAGCCCCGCCUCUUCAUUCGUCCUCAUCUUGA